AUGUCUAUAUUUUUAAAUGUUGAUGUUGGACCGUCUGGCAGAAGAUUUAGAAGAGCAGUUGAUAGUGAUAAGGCUGAUAUAGAGUUCAUUUUGAACAGAAAAUACACCGACAAAUUAUUCGGUGAUGUUGACAUCGGUAGCUUAAUAGAAUUAAGUACCUUAUCGAUUUGUAUGAUCGAUAAAAAUAAGGAUGUAACAGGAUUCAUGGCUCUUGGCGAUUACCCCAAUGUUGCAGGAGUCAGUCAAGUUGAUUGGGAAAUUUGGAUUAGGAACAUGUUUCAAAAAUAUUAUUUGGCGAGGAACACGUUGUUCAUACAUUUUAUGUGUUGCAUUGAUGCAGUGUCAGAUUUUUUUCUGGAAGAUGCACUGAUUUCUGUAUUCCGUGAAGAUGUUUAUUUACUUAACAUAGUUCUUAUAGUGCCAUUUGGAUGUCCAGAAGACUGUAUAGUUAGGUAUUCGACAUUCAAAAAACGUAACGUACACAAAUAUUUGGCUAAAAAAAGUGGUAAAGAAGAAGAAAAUGACAUAACGGAAAUGAGUUGUAACUUUCUUUAUACCGCAAUGAGACAAGAUUUUUGUCCGAAGCUAAAAGUCCGACGGGCUGUGGAAGAAGAUAACGACGACAUAAUAGCAAUAUUGGACGAAAAAUGUACGCGUUUAAAAGAAAUGUAUGGUGACUAUUAUAUCAGCGAAAUAAUUGGACGUCAUCCAGAGAUCAAUCGUAAAAUUAUUGUUGCGGAUCAACAAGAUCAUGCCGUCGGUGUCAUGUGCCUCAAUGCCGAUCUCAACUACGAAAACUUGCAAAAUACUUAUGAGUUGCAUCCAUACUACGGACUGAGAAAAGCCACAUCAGUGGAAAGAGAACAGAAUAAAAGAAGCAACGUAUUGCUUAAAACAUUCGGAGAACCGAUACUGUAUGGUACGUGGGGUCCAUUUGAUCGUAUUUCGAAGCUAAAGUUAAAGACAGAGGAAGACAGAACAUCACAUGAAAAUAUAGCAGUACCAAGAUCGACUAAAACUCCGAGCAAAGUUAUUUUCAGACACAAUUCUGUCACGGAAAGUAGUUUUGAUCGUGUUUAUUUUAAAAAGGAAAUAUCUGAUGACUACAGUAAUAAAAUUUACAGAACAUCCACCAUGUCAAAUUUAUCGGUAGCUAACCUGCUUGAUGAAGAUCCUUUCGAUUAUGAAAUUGUUAACAUUGAUUCUAAAUUAUUAACAGUCCCUCGUGUUUUGUCUACUGAUUUUAUGUACUCGCCAAAACUAGCUCAAACCGCAAGAAGAUCAAGAAUGAGUGAAUUUAGAAACAAAUUAAAAAAAAGAACAUCUUCGUUGAAAUCAACGCACGUUGAUGAACUAAAUAAAGUUAAAUAUCAUGGAGAGCCGAAUGCAUUUAUCAUUGAAUUAUUUGGUCUUCGUGAUGAUAUUGAGUAUAUACAAGCGUUCGAUCUACUUGAAGGGGCAUUCGAGGCUAUGAAAGUGUACGACUAUUGUAUAAUUCGUGUCCCGUGUUUUGAAAAGAGCUUUCCACUAUUGCAAUAUUUUUGUUUCGUUCCAACUAAGCCCAAUGUUUGCAGUAAAUAUGCUCUGUAUAUUGCACAUAGAAACGCUGUGUUAAGCAAACUUCGUGUUCGCAAAGCAGAAUUAAUAGACGUACCACUGAUAGCUGAACUCUUGAAUACGUUGGAGGCGAAGGAGACAAUGUGGACUGUGGAGAAUUCAGUUAAGAAGAAGAACGAGGAGCGAAUAUUUAUACUUAAGAGCGGGUCGUCUAUAGUUGGUGUCGGAGUAUUAGAGCCAACAGAACAGCUAGAUUUCAUACAAACAAAAUACAAUCUAGAUUCGUAUCAUGUACAUAAAUACCACUACAGAGCACAGGGAAUUUAUGCUGGAUUUAGCACUUUGAAAACAGUCCUUAUUUAUCCCGUCUUUGAAGCACAUUUCAGAUUCUUUGUUCGUGAAAUGAUGAGAUUAUCUGAAUGCUACAACCUGGUGUGGUUAACUGCGUACAGAAAUAAAUGGGUAACACACAAGAUCAAUUCAGUAGCAACUGCGAUGAUUCCCUUGUUACCUAGAAAGUCUGAAGACGAUUGCACGUCUGAAAGUGAACCUAAAAGAAGAUGUGUUUUUUCAAAUACUUUAGAAGCAUUCAGCACCUGGUUCAUAAGUAAGAAGUUCACGUCAUUGCCUAAAGCUAACGUGGACACCAGGAUAGUGAUUGUUGGAGCGUCUAGAACUGCAAUGGCUUUUCUUAAUGCUCUGUUAUUCGGCGACUCGUGCACAUACUUAUCAUUUACUAACGUCACACUUAUAUCGCCUAACGGUUUGCCCUACGUCAGACACACAAAUGGGCUCAUUGAGAAGAUGUUCCUUAAAUGCCGCUCUAACACUAACAAAUAUUUAAAAAGUGUGCCGUAUACCUACUAUGUGAACAUUGUACAGGGAACCAUGACGGAGAUUAACAGACAAGGAAAGUUUGUAACUUUGGCGAAUGGAGGUAAAGUUCCUUAUGACCUGCUCUUCCUGUUGUUUGGAAAACAAUAUCAACAUCCUUACUAUAUGAAAAUAAUUCAGAAUCGAGAUGACGAAAUGAAGUCAAAGAAAGUUCCUUUAUAUACACCUUUAGAUGUUCCCAAAUGCAACAUAAAGAAAUUUACUGGCAGAUACACACCCGACAAUGUAUUUAUUAUCAACAACCUUGCUGAUGCCAAAAAAGCGCUUAAAUAUGUCAAGAACAACUUGCUAUGUUUCGAUACAUAUUGUGUACUUGUAUAUGGAUCAACAAUACAUGCAUAUUGUUGCUUAUCAACACUAUUGGAAAUGGGAGUUCUCCGUGAGAACAUAGUGUUCAUAGAACCAUUUCCAUCAGAAGAAAAGGGCGAAACAAGGGUUUCUUUGUUUGCCAACAGUUAUGUGGAUCGAACUGUAAUGAAUAUUUUGGAAGAUUCAAAAAUAAAGGUAUAUAGAUCGUUUUAUUUUAAAUCGUGGAGCUGUGAUUUCGAUGAUCAAGUAACGAGUGUGAAUUUUUUGUCACAUUUCAAAAUGGUGCAAUUACCUUGUUCAGCCUUUUUCUACUAUGGCACACAAGGGGUGGACGAAGCUGCUUUUGUUGCCAUAAAUAAAUGUGGUAUAGCAUACAAUGAAGGCAUUUUAAUAGAUCAUCAAUUUAAAACCAAAGACUCUGCAAUAUAUGCUGCAGGACCUGCAACUAGAUAUAACAGUAACUGCUACGCUGAAGAUAAACAACAGGUGUACUACGACUCAUAUGAAGUUGGAACAAAGUUGGGAGAGCAAAUAAAAAAGCAGUUAGACCCAUUACUUGUUAGUAAGAUAGAAAAAAUUAAAAAGGAUGUAACAAUUAAUAAUGAUUUAAGCAUAAGCUCUGCUACUCCAGUUUCGAAAAAAAUUGGAAAUAUCCAUGAAUACUCUACGAAAUCGACGAGUGAUUUUAAAGACAAUGAUAAAAAAAUGCCUGAUUUCAAACGGCCUAAAAUAAUGCAUUGUGUGUUACCUGGCGGAUUACAAUAUUUGGAAGUACGAUCACCUGGAAAGAAGAGUCCUUGCCACUACGUUCAAUCUUUAAACUACAAUGGUCAUGUAAUAGAAACAUUUAAAGAAGGAUAUUUCAAGCUUCAUUUAAAUAAGGAUCUAAUAGUAGAUGGUAUCACUUGUUUAACACCAGACAAGCGAUCGUUGAAAAAUUUUUCAAAUCUUUAUGGUCAAUCAGCAGUAGUACUAAAUAAUGUUCAUUUACGAUAUACCACCAAGAAGUUGGACAACCUUUAUUCAUUUUUCCGUUUACCAUGGGCGUAUUUUUUGUAUCACGACCAAUGUGACGAAUUGUUUGCUAUGGUAAAAGAGCUUUUACCUAAGGGCCAAAGGAGUGGAGAUACACUAAAAGAGGCUCUGUAUUCUAUCGGUGAAAGAGUCAGCGUUGCGUCUUCUACACAAAAUACCAAAGCAAAAGUUCGUUCCGCGUUCGAAACUUCUUCAUACGUCGAAGCAAUCGCUGACUACGUCAUAGAGUGGUUAUCGGAGAACGAGAACUUGCUGCCAGUGUAUUUGCAGCCAUGGCAUCAGUCUGCGUAUGCUUGUGACUUGGAUGCUAAUCCUGCAUUUAAGAAGCGGAAACGGAGUAUUAUUAAAAUGAUUAAUGCGAUUUAUUAG